GCGCUGGACUACACAACGUCCACUGUAACGCAGACUGCUCGAGUGUGUGCGCGACAUCAGGUUAAGUCCUCAGCUUCUAAAUCAAUGUGCCCCACGAACGCAACCAAUAGGUCAGAUCAGAAGAUAUCUGCGCAUGUGCAACCUACAGGUCUCGGGGAAAUCUCAUGAGUUCCCGUCUGUUCACGUGAGUUCGUCCAGUCCUGACACCAAGCCAGAUUCAACCACUCCCCAAGACCACUCGGAAAACCAGACGGUUCCAACAAAACAGGAGAAAGCAGUUAAUAAAGACAGUGCAGAAACGGACGCUGCGUUAAACUUGACGAAGGCCAAAAAAAGUAGCAAAGCAUCCGAUGCUUCCCAAAAGAACAAAGAGAAACAGUUAGAUGGGAGAAAGACAGAGGUUCCUGUAGAGAGGGGGAAACGAUGCGGGUCUGCACCGCCCCAGACAAUAAUCUCAUCCAGUCAGGAGGAGGUUGAGAUCGACCCCGGGACGGAACAGACUGACGGACACACAGAGAAGGUGGAGGAAAACCUGGAACAUACAGGUGGAAACAUCCCUGUUGGUAUCGCUGUUGCCCGCCAGAGGGCGGAGCAGCCGAGAGGUCAAGAUCCCCAUGGAGCCAGGGCUCAGGCCCCGCCCCCUGAUGCCCCAGCCCGGGGGUUGGGGGAAGAUGAUUCCGCCGGGAGACAGUACUCCCAAGAUAGGGAGGAGUUCCUCAGGCAGCAGAAGGCAAUUUUGUCUGGUCAAGCCAAGGUGACGGUCAACACUGGGCUCCCGCCAAAUCUGGUCGUCACAGGAAGCGUUGCCGGAAAUGACGCCGGCCUUCAAGACGAACUACGUGUGCGCCCUCUAGCCAGCCAAUGGGUUGCUGCAGGCCACAGCGUUAACCCCAACCCAUGGCUGUCCCAAAACCCCUUCGCUCUCCACCCAGCCAUUACAACAACCUCAGCCUCAACGUUGGAUCCUAACCCCUUCCCUAUAAGCGCACCAAGUGGCUUUAAGAUCGCUCAGGAUUCCUUCACGGGAAACCUGUUCCUAAUCCCAGCAGACUAUGUUGAGCAGGGUGGUGGAUUAUGGCCAUUCCCUGCCACCCACGGGCCCCAGCCUCCCCCCACACACUUCCAACACCUCCUCCAGACAUCCCCUGUCCCCCACCUGGCCCAAAUGCCAACCCUCGGGAGUCCCCAACUUCACGAAGAUCAGGACACGGAAACACCCGAUCAUACACCCGGUAGUCGACAGAGUCCUGACACAGGGGACCAGCGGGAGGAUAGCGACCAUGGAUCCCAAGGCCAGUGUGGCAGUCGUUCUUCCACCCCCGGGUCCCGGCCCACCUCAGGGUCAGGGAAGGAGAAGACCCCUACCCCUCAAAGUCCGCCUGGUACCCCCGGGAGUCCCCAGGACAGAGAGAAACCCAUCAACCUGUCCAACCAAUACAUUCCUGAUAUGGCCGUGGCGCCACAGCAGUAUACCUAUCCAUACCCCACGGGACAUCUGCCGUACAUGUUCAACCCUGGCCUCAUACCCGUCCAGGGGAUGCCUGUCAACCUGUCCGAACCCCUCACAGUCAAGACAGAACCUCCCUCAGUCCAGUCACGUGGUACCUCCCCGAUGGUUCUCACGCCCCCUCCCUCCGACGAGACAACAAAAGUGGAACCAACUUUCAAAGAGGCUGCAGUGUAUGCGGACUUCCCUAAACCUGUGACCAAAUGCUGUGCUUCUGUACAAACUUGUGACUUUGGUCCCUUGGUACCGAGCAGAACGCUCAAAGAACAAUGUAGCCAAACCUGCCAUGAGCUCGAUUUGUCCAAGACUGAAACAUUACUAAAAGCUGCUGAGAAACUGAGUAAACUUUCAGACUGUGCUUCACAAAGUGAACCUGAGAAUCGUGCACCUAGUCCAGCGGAAGCACCAAAGACUGACCUACCCAGUUCUAGUUCCAGCGCUACCAAGGCAACAACAGAUUACAAUCCUUUCACAGACCCCCUUAUACUGAAGGCAGCAGAUGGGUUGGAAUUGCUUAGUGCAUUAGCAGAAAGGAGAGCCAAGUGUAGCUCGCCAAGUCAAACACCCGGUGUCAUCCCAUCCACCACCUCCUCCCCCGUCCUCACAUCCACAUCCUCAUCUACAUCCACCUCCACUACUAGCGUCCUCUCCUCGCCCACCAGCCUCCCUAGCGGAAUCACGUCGCCUAGCAACAUUCAUAACAUCCUGCCCUCACCCAGCGACUCCUUCAAAUCCGACAACUUCACGGCGGAGGAGACGUCGUCAGUAGACGCUGACAGACCCGGAGACGUCACCCCCAAGCGUGAUGUGAAGAGGGGGAUCACGUCACCAAAAUGGAUCUUUCCAAAGAAAGACACGAACCAAUCUGUACUCACCAUCGGUGGAAUAAAAAUCCCAACAGGGCUAGACAGCAUGGACGCCAUGGAGGUGGAAAUGCGCAUGCGCUUGGCUGAGUUGCAGCGUCGAUACAAGGAGAAGCAGCGGGAGCUUGCUAAACUGCAACCCAAGGUCAAGGAAGGAAGCAAAGAACGCCGGGAGAGCAGAGACAGCAAGGAGUUUGUACAGGAUGCUGCUAAUACGAGUGACGACAAAAACUCAGCUAAAAGGAAGCCAGGCCGUCCAAGGAAAAGGAAAUUCUUUACUAAAAAGAAGGACGAGGACUCGCCCUCCAAGACCGCAUGCAAGGAGUCCCACACGAAGAAGAAACGCCUCCCGGAAGAACUGGUGGAUAGAGUCUUCAGGAAGCUUCCUCCAGUCAAAAGUGACAAACUGAAGUCGAUGAGGACGAAAUCUGGCUUGUUUCUGAAGAGGAGGAGUAGUAACUCCAGCGGACGGUCCACGACAGACGCAACCAGUUCUUCAAACGAAAGUUUCCUUUGCAAAUCCGAUAGCUUUGGCGACAAGAAAUUUUUCCGAUCCAAGGGUGCAAAUAUUGCUAAAGGUAAAUUCAAGCCCUUUGCUAAGAGGAAGGAAGAACCGAUCAGUAUGGGGGCCGAGAGGGAAUCUUCUCAGUCAACUUCAGACGCUGGGAAUCUGUUUUCAAACAUUGAAAACUCUCUGGUGGAAAAAAAGCGCCCCAAGACAAUGCUUAAGGGUAUUGAACGCCAACACUCGUCAGAAUCAGCCGAAAUAGAGUCCACGAGUCCGGCCGCGGUCUCUCCGUCCAUGUUAGAGUCUGGUCUCGGUCUCCUUGCCAAGUUCGCCACUUCCGCUCUCACUGCAGCAAAUAUGAAGAAGAAAAAACGGAAAUUAGAGGAAGGUGUGUUUGUCGAAAAAGAAGCUGAUGAUUCUAGGCAGGGCCCAUUAAAUAAGAGAGCUUCUGACACGGAAGCGAGUGACCCCCAAUGUACCAACAAGAAACGGAAGCCGGGUCGGCCCAAGAAAUGUGCACCCAUUUCCUCAGGGGGAGGAACAGAGACCAUCGUGGCGAAGAAGUCGAAGACGCUGGGUUUGCUGCAGUUGCGGGAAGUCGGUCAGUCAAACAAGGACAAGAAGCCUGCUGGCAAACAGGAGCAACGGCAGAUAAACCUUGAUGGCAGCACCGCGUUGAAGCCUCUGUACCUGGACGAGGAGUGGUGUCUCAGACGGAGUGAACGGAUCUUCCUCAGUGAGCCGAGUCCCCAGCCCUCGCCCAACAACCAGCAGCCAGGGGCCAAGCAGGACAAGACAUUCUUCACCCCCCGGCCCUGCAAGACGCAGAAUGACAGGGACAGGGCCAAGGUUCAGAAGGCCAAGAGUCUCCAGGAACUGUCCCAGAAGGUCAAACGGAAGUACACCAAGAACAUGAACAAGAAGACGAGUUUUUCAGAGGACAGAUUUAACCGAGGCAGCAUCAAGGCGAGGCCAAAGGAGACCCGUGAUUUAGCGGAAUCAGCAUCUGAUCAAGACAGCGGAAGUGAUGGAGAUGACAUCCCUCUCAGCGCCCUCAGGCGGAGACCUGAUACACCAGAGCCCAGAUCGUGCGUAAUGAGACUGGAUGACUUGAAGGAUGGUCUCAGGGUGUUGGAGUUCCAGGAUGGGCUAUUCUACGAGGGAGCUCUCAAGGCCAUCAACCCUCCAGACAUCUACGGCGUGGUCGUGGACAACCAGCGGGGAAACAGACCUCAUAUUUACCCACAGGAAGAAAUCCUUAAAAACGUGAUCGUGGACGUGAAGCCAGGGUCCCCCCGUUUCCUCCCCGAGGGUACCCGCGUGUGUGCCUACUGGAGCCAACAGUUCAGCUGCCUCUACCCUGGCACUGUGGCCAAAACGAGCCCCAACCCCCACGCCGACAAGUACUCCGUCAAUGUUGAGUUCGACGACGGCGACUCUGGCCGGAUUCCCAUCGACCACAUACGACUACUGCCUCAAGACUUCCCCCUUGUCUCAUACGACCCGAACCCGUUGUUGAAUCUAAGCAAGAGACGACGACGGACGACGUCGGAUGACUCUGAGUUCCGGAAGUCGAGCGAAGGUUACUUCAGCUUAUCGGAGUGCAAGAAGAGGCCAUCCAAACGGGAUAGCUUCUCUGGUCAGUUUGAUGGGGCCUUGGAGGAAGAUUCAGAGGACCCGGAUGUGUUUGAAGCAGACGUCAGAAAGAAAUCUCAGUCACGUGACCACAGUCCCAGAAGCAACCUUCACGAUGUCGGCCAGAAAGCAACAAAUAUAUUAAAUCGUGACGGACUAGCUCCCGGGAAAGCCACUUUCGGGAAAAGUUUUCAAAACAAAGACAGUCUCAGCUUGACAACCCUCAGUCCAAGACGAGAGGAACCCAAGCCGUCCUCAAUAUUGCGUCCUUCCGCUUUUGACAUGAAAAAGCUAGGUCUUCAAUAUGGAGGCGGGUCGGGGCAGGACGAGGAGGAUAGUAGCUCGGAUGAGGAUAUGGAUUCUUCUGAUGAGGAAGAGAGCGUUCUGGCUUCGCAGGGUCAGGAGUCUGACUCUGACAGUCCGGAUGAAGACACGAAUGUGGCAGGGGAAGGGUCAAAGAAAGUGGGAAAGAAAGCAGCAUCAAAGAACAUUACCCAGAGGAAGAAGCGCAGCGAGAAAGCCACUUCCGUCAGCUCGGAGAGUAAAGGGGGUCUUGCAGCGUUCCUGCCGGCCCGCCAGGUGUGGAGAUGGUCCGGGAAGAGCACGAAGCGCCCCGGGCUGAAGGGCAAGGCGAAGAAGGAGUUUUAUAAGGCGAUACUCAGAGGCAAAGAAUACAUCAAUGUGGGAGAUUGUGCAGUGUUCAAGUCAACCGGAAGGCCUAACCUCCCCUUCAUCGGCCGGAUCGAGAGUAUGUGGGAAGCCUGGGGAGGUCAGAUGACGGUCAAGGUCAAGUGGUUCUACCACCCGGAAGAGACGAAAGGAGGAAAGAAGCUGGCUGACCCCCGGGGUGCGCUGUUCGUCCCCCACGAAGAUGAAAAUGCUGUACAGACCAUCUCCCACAAGUGUGACGUCCAGUCCUUCUUGGAGUUCAAGAGGCGUCGCGCAGACGCACAGAAGAAAGGCCAAUCAUUGGACGAUGUGACUAACCUGUACUACCUGGCGGGGUAUUACGAUCCAACCAUAGGCCUUGUAAGAUACGAAGCAGAUGUAUUGUGAUCUCUGAUUGGAUAACCGAGUCCUGUAUUACCUAAGGUGCUAAUGUCCUUCAAAUGAACAUGACUGACAAAUCCGCUUUCGAUCUUGACAGUGACAAUGAUUGAAACAUUGAGAGCAUAAUAGUUGGUUGCCGAGACAUUACUGUGGGACAAUAUGUCAUUCGUUGACUUCAUACUUUUAAAGGAAAUGUCAUAUGAGUGUUCAAUUUCACAGUGCUUGUUUCCAUCAAGUGUUUCAACUUGUAAUCGUGGUGUUCUCGAUGGUAGCAUGUACGGUUUACGGAUAACCUUCAUCUCCAUUGUGACCUUGACCUAUAUCUUCAUCACGACCUUGAAGGUCUUCACAUUGGCAACAUUUGAUUCUUGCUUGUGGCAAUUCUAUUCCUCCAAAUGAAUAUUCCAUGGAGACUUGAAAGUGUGCCAUAUCAAACCCGGUGAAAAGAAGAAAUCCGAAUAGCAGAGAAAAAGCGCUGUGUCUAUGAUGGCAGCAGUUUCCAUUGGUGCAUAAAUAGUCACGUGACAAUGACGCAAUGAUUCCAAGAUGUGGUAUGUGUACAUUUAUGAACGUGUUGUGAUCUGGAGGCGGAAAAACAGUUUGUAAUUAUGUAGUGCAACACAAACAGCCAUCACACGCCACCUAGCGGAGGGCUGUUCCAACAAUUGCUCACUAUUCUUAUGUAAUCCUUUUGUACAAAAGCCUUAAGUUCAUCGUACAGAAAAAACUGUACGUGCUUGCUUCUUGUUGGCUUGUAGUUUCCGAGAGCUUAUACAUAUUUUAUUUAGAAGCCAUUAAUAUAAGAACUUGUUAUAUUUAUAUAAUAUCGUGUACUAAUAGAAGCAAGUAUGUUAUAUUAAUUAUGAGAGAGGCUAACUUUAAAGUGAAAUAUCAAUAGGCAUCUUUGCUCUUAAAACUGUUGUUUUUGUUUUAAUUUGAUCCUCUCUGUUUAAUCAUAAUCUUGAACAAAAUGGUUUAUCAGUCGUGUUAUUUUAGUUAAAAUAAUAAUUUAUGUUAGUACUGAUGUUUUCCUGCUUUGCUAGAAGUGCUACGAACAUGUUUAUUUAGUUUAGUUUGAAUGUCUUUCAAUUCUUAAGUUUAUGUUUUAAUAUAAUUCAAUAUUUUAAUAGAUUGUUAUACUAAGAUCAUGAUAGAUUCCGUAUAAACGAGGCAGUCUUUCACAACGUGUGGCAAGUAGGUAAGACUUACUUCCCUUUGUUGUCAUGUGAUCACAGCACGUGCAGAACGUGGCCUUGUGUUCGUGUUUGGUAGUGCCGUACUGGAGCAUGUAACAUAGUACUUAAUGGAUAUGUUUGUUUCCGUGUAUAUUUCACUGUAUCAUCAUAGUGUAACUACACAGUGUCUUUCUAACCUUGUAUUCUACUGGUUGGCUUCGAGUGUGAACUCGUGAGUCCUUUGUACAUAACUCUUUCUACACGCCUGUGUUCAGCUGUCAAGUGCAAAUAUAAGGAUGGCACUGAGGCGAGAUGGGAGGGGAUGGGGAGACAGUCCACUCUUCUGGAGAGGUACUAUUUGUGAAAGUGCUACGAAGAUUGGAUAUUUACUGUUUGUAAAUUUAUCCUGUUAUGCAAUGUCUCAAUAAAUCUAUUUUCACUGAU